AUGGCCCGUCCGUGUACCACUCUGCCGUCCGCUCGAAGUUCACAAGUCAAGCAGAGGCCCAGGCAGCAAGGCGGUCGUUUCGAGCCAAAACCAACCCGUGGCGCCACCUCCACCUCCACCUUCACCUGCACCUGCACCAGCGCCGCGCACCUACACUUCGCUUCAUUUCCCCUUUCUCCCGUCUUACGCGCCGUCAUGCCCUCCGCCGAAGUAGACAUCGACGACCUCCGCGCCGACUACGAGGACCCCAAGUACGCGCACAGCAGCACCAACAGCCGCAGCACCAGCAGCGCCGCCUACUCCAUGGGCGACGAGGACGACGUGGACGACCCGCGCGCGCCGCCGGCCUCGGCCCCGGACGCGCUCGACUACCGCCGCGUGCAGCAGGCCAGCAGCUUCGACGUGCAGGAGAUGAUCAACAUGCGCGAGAGCACGUUCCGCGACAGCCUCAUGCCGGGCAACGGCUACGGCGAGCGCGGCUCGACCCACGACUCGGGCUCCAACAGCGGCGGCCGCCAGACAGAGAUGGGCAACGCGCUCAUGCGCAUGGACGAGAGCUACCGCCGCGCGUACAACAGCAACAACAGCAUCAACCACAGAUCCUCCAUGGGCACGACGCCCGACGGGCUGACGCCGCUGCUGCAGGCGGCCCGGGCGGGCGACAUCGUGCUGGUCAACGCGCUCGUGAUCCAGGCCGGCACGGACAUCCUGCGGCGCGACCCCAUGUUCGGCCAGACCGCGCUGCACUUCGCCAUCCGAGGCGGCCACCUGAACGUGGUGCAGGCGCUGCUCAUGCCGCAGCUGCGCGGCUCCAUCGUGAACGUGGCCGACAACCGGCGCAACACGGCGCUGCACCUGGCCGCGGCCAAGUCGCGCCGCAUGACCAAGAUCCUGCUCGAGUGCGGCGCGGACGUUAACUUCCUCAACAUGCGCAACCAGACCCCGCUGGGCGUGCACAUCCUGACGGUCACGAGGGACGACCCGACCAUGACGGAGAUCUUGCUGCAGCACCGCGCGAACGCCAACGCGCCCGUGGACAAGUCGACGAUUCUGCACGUCGCGCUGGACAAGGGCCUGAUCCAGAUCGCCACGCGGCUCGUGCGCCACGGCGCAAGACUGGACCUCAAGGACGAGUCGGGCAAGACGGUCUUCGACAAGGUGGACAAGGCGCAACUGAAGAUGCUCAUGGCCAAAGUGGCCCACCCACCCGUGUGGGUACCUGACAGCGAGCGGCCGGAGUGCAUGGAGUGCAACAAGAAGAUCGGCAGCCUGGGCGCGCGCCGACACCACUGCCGCAUGUGCGGCCGCGUGCUGUGCUCCGCCUGCUCGGCGUGCCACGUGCGCGCCAAGAAGCUGCCGUUCCCGGCGCGCCGCCGCGGCAAGAAAAACAAGGCCGAGAAGGGAUCGGCCAACACUCGUGUGUGCAACAUGUGCUACGAGAUCUGCACGGAGGGCGACCUGCUGUCCAACGACAACAACGCCGGGUCCCGAGCACACAGCGAGACGGCAUAA